ACCAGCUAACCCCUGCAAGCACGCAGAGAUGUGAAGAAAACACAAAAAAAAUCUGCCUUGUCUUUUCUUUUUGCUUUUUGUUGAACUAUUAUUUGUGCCAGGCGCAUCCCGUUUGUUCCCUCUCCUCGCUCCUGACUUUAUGGUCGGAAACAUGGCGACGUGCAUUCCCUUCCAGACUCAGUUAUCGUCAAUAAUGGAGGUUCUGGUGAAGGCUGCGGUGGCUCAAAUCUCCAAACUAGUCGAUGACAAAUGUGCAUUUCUGCAUCUCGAAAUAUCCCGCAAGGAAACUGAGAAUCAGAUGCUGAAAAGGAAGCUGCUGAUGAUGGAGAGCAAAAAUGCACAACUGCAGCGCGGAUUCGAAAACUUCAUGGAUGGAAGAACUGAUGUUGGGAGCAACUGUCAUCAUCCCACAGGAGAUAUAAAGUUUCCUGAGAUUGAAGAUGCUGCUGUGUCCUUCACCAUAAAGGAAGAGAGUCCAGACGAAGCGUUGUGGAGCAGCGAUCCCACCGCACCCGCUUGUCCUGCUGUCCAAUACCCAAAUGCUGCUAACGCUCCAGAGAACCCGCCGAUGAGCCACCCGGAGGCUUCCAGACAGAAACCUGCAGACUUCGGUGGCUCCUACGGCUCCGGUCAGCAUGGCCUUCAGUUCACCAUCAAGACGGAGAAAGAGGAGGACCAGCUGGCGUUCAGACGGGGCAGAUGUCAGCACGGUGGCGGGAAGCAGCAUCCAGUAGCCGCCGACUUCUCCAUGGACGAGCGGGACAGCCAGCUCUGGUCGUCCAUCGUGGAAGGUAACGACAUAGACGCCGGCUUUCCCGACUUCUCCAGCGUGGUGGAGGAAUAUUCCAGCACUUUCUCAGACGUGGUUUCUCACGGCAGCAAGUCGCCUCCGGCCCAGCCACCGUCCUCUCAGAGGCCGUGCAACGGCACCUACGGCGGCGACUACCUGCUCCCGCAGUUGUCCCAUUUCCAGUCCCGGCCGGCGGCGGUUCUGUCGCAGCAGGACAAGCAGAAGGAGCAGGUUUACCCGCAGAGGAACGCCUCGCACGCAGCGCAGCCGAGCCACGCCGAGGAGCAGUCGGACGGGGAGGCCGUCGCCGGGGACGACCCGGCGGGGACUCACCCGCACAACGCCUUCACGGGCAGCUUCUACCCCCCCCACAAGGCCCCGCCCGGCGCGCCCCGCGUCUACGCCUGCUCCCAGUGCGGGAAGACCUUCAACCGCCUGCACCAGUUCAAGCUGCACCAGCAGAGCCACAAGAGGAAGCGCGCGUUCUGGUGCACGGUGUGCGGGAAGACGUUCCAGUGCUCGUCGCACCUCAGCAUGCACCACCGGACGCACACGGGCGAGAAGCCGUACGGCUGCGGCCAGUGCGGGAAGAGGUUCACGCAGCAGAGCAGCCUGAGGGUGCACCAGCGCACGCACAGCGGCGAGCGGCCCUACAGCUGCUCGCAGUGCGGGAAAACCUUCAUCCUCAUGCACCAUCUGAAGAGACACAGGAUCAUUCACACGUACAGCUGAGCCGGCGGCGGCGGCGAAGUGACGGGACGCAACUAACGACGGCAGCUUUUCUGGUUUUCAACCAAAAGAGAGACUCUGUACAUAGAUGUAUAUUUUACUAUGCAGGAUCCAUCUGGGAUGGACUUGAAGUUAUGAUCUUUUUAAAACGUCUCAAACUCCACCGCACCAUCGUUCGAGCAAAUUCAAUAUUUGUGAGAUACUUUCAAAGCUAGAAAUCCAAAAGCACAAGAUCUGAGAUGCAUAAAUCUCCGUUUCCGCUGGUCAUGGCUCAACUCCGUACAGGAACUCAGCACCGCAUCCCUUUUCCACGCAACGAAUCUGCUCAGAUUUGUUUGAAUACCUCUCAGGUUCAUGUUUUCAUGUUAACAUAAUGACACCUUGCCUAUGUGUGUGUCACCGUCCUCGACAGAUAAAUCACUGGCUGAACUUUCGAUCCGCUUUGACUCACCACAAAUGUGUCGGCCUCAGAGGUGAUUUCUGCAGUUUUUAAACUCGUAUAAUGUUUUGUCAUUGUUAAACUUUGUUUUAGUUUUUUUUAUUAUUCAUUUUUCCUGGAUGAAGUCACUAUAAUAAUUAGGAAUCCAAGAAAUGUCAAAGUUAGAAACUUUCCAUGGGUAUUAAGGGACAUUUAUGAGAAUUAAUGGAUAAACUUGAAAUUGGCUAAAUGCCGGUUUAGUCUGUAACAAACAUGAUGAUGGCCAUAUAGAUUUUAUAAAUUUAACCAGCAUCGGUUAUUAACUGUUCUAAUUAUUCCAGAAGAUUCCUCUCGUUUUUGUUAAUUGUACAUCUGGAUGGAAAAUCAUGAUUUUCUUUGUGCAAACUUCUUAAACCAGAAGUUUACCAGACAUUUUCCACAACUUUUCAACCCUGAUAAAAAUAACGAUGAUCUACAACUUUUUCUCCUCAAACCUAAAUUGCAAUAA